AUGGAAGAAGUAUCCAAUGAAGCACUCACUCAAUCAAAUGAAGUGGAUGAAAUAUCAGAGAAGCGUUAUUCCACUCUCCACAGCUUAUUGUCUUUAAUCGCCAGGAAUACUCUUCGGAUACGCAUCCUUUACAUUGUCAUCCCACAAGCAUCGGCGAGAUUAAUUGUUUCGGCUCAACAUGUAUCGGUACCGCAUGCAUUAAACGUUCUGCUCUUAUCGAUGGAAUUCUACGAGUGCAAAAAAUGUGCCAACAAACGAGUGAACCAUUGCUGGAGUACUGUGAAACCAGCGUUCUCUGGAAAGGAGGUACAGGUGCCGAAUGCAUCUGUCAAACUGAUUACUGCAAUAACACCGGAAAAAUAUUUCAAAACAUAA